GGGACUGCUGCAAGGAAAACAACAUCAAGGGGACUUUGUAACAUCACCUCUUCGUCAAAGCAUGUUACACCAUAUUGUUCUUCUGGGUGCUGUUACACUACUUGGAGUACUUGAACAAGCAUAUUUUGCAUUAAAAGUAAUUGCUGCCAGACGAAAGUACAAUGUUUCCCCUCCAAAAACAUCCGGACCUCCAGAAUUUGAGAGAAUAUUCAGAGCUCAGAUAAACUGUUCUGAGUAUUUCCCAAUGUUCCUGGCUGUUCUCUGGCUGGCUGGGAUCUUCGUCCACCAAGGCACGGCUGCAGCAUGUGGACUCCUAUACCUCUUCGCUCGUUAUCUGUAUUUUCAAGGUUACAGCUCAUCACCGCAGAAAAGGCUGAGUCCGAUGUAUCUCAAUGCUGCAGCCCUUUGGGUCCUGGUUGGGUUGUCUGCACUAGGAAUCCUGAAUGUGCUGUUUGCCCAUUACAUGGGUUUGGAGCUACUGUGAUUCUUUGCUUCCUAUGUUGGAUGGCAACUAGACAGGAUCAGACAAUUACUUGAUUUUCUUGAACUUCUAUUAUUAUCUGCAAGAUGCCACUAUCAGGCAAAGGUGGGAUAAGAGCAGGUGCUUCCAAUGGGCUGUAUUCACCAAAGAGGGAGUUUGCAAGAGAGCUGAAGAUUUCAGCUGGCUGAUAUCAUUAUCCAUUAUGAAGGCGCCCAGAGAGCUGCCUCUGUAAGAAUGGCUGGCCAUGCAUAAUGCAUAGUUAAAUCAGAGAGGGGUGUUUUAAGAAACCUCUCACAUUUUUUUAUCAGUUACGCAGGGCCAACUUAGUCCUUCUUGCAGGAGUAGUUCGCUGGGAUUUGCCCUUCAUAAUUCAUAGAAGGCUGCUUAACCCUGAAAAUACAGUAUAUCACUCAAUAUCCUUUAUAGCUAAAUUUGCUUUGUAUCUAAUGUCAGAAUUUAUACCAUUUAUAGAUUAAGAUGGGAUUAAGAUGGGCAGCGUCUCCAUUGUAUAUCUCUGUAUCUUCACAAUUCUAGACCUGUAUGUAAUGAUAACUGCCAUAUAUUUCAGAAUAAAUACUGUUAAAUUAUCAUUUUUAUUCAUUAAAUGCUUUUCGAACGGGACAGUCCAGCAAUCAUCUGCACAUGUAUGCAGACAAUGUAUAUUGUUCCACAUUUUUGGAACUGAUAGGUUGUUCUUCUUAAGUUUAUAUGUUUUUGUGAUUUAACCUCCAGAAGAAAAUAAAAAAAUGACACAAACGUGUAGGUCUAUUUUAUUAACAUUCUAGAGAGUGCAAUUAAUGUUUGUCUAAGGGGAACAGCACUGUGUCUACAAAUGCAUCGAUGAUCCCAAGCAACAUCCCCGUUGAACUGGAAGCCAACAGAUCUUCACAGAUCCAUCAACGAAUAUCUCUGGGUCCAAAGGAUCUUGCUGAAUUUAAUUGUAAAUGUCAUAGUCUUUCCUGUGUACAUGCGAAACAUCUAUUAUUUGUAUAAAUAAUAAACUAAAAAGUAUCAAAUUAUAAUGGACACCAAGUGCAUUGCAUCUUAAAACAUGUUUCAUUUCAAAAUGCAAUACAUUGUGGACUUUAAAGAA